GGCAUCUGUAUCUUCAUACAUGCUAUAUGAUGUAACGCUAACAAGUAUGCAUCGGGCAUUGGAAAAAAAUGAAAUUGAUAAUGAAAUAGAAGAGUUCAACGCUUUGUUUAUAUUAGAAGAUCUUGAACGUACUAAACAGAUUUAUAAAAAUGUAAUACAAAAUAUUAAAAAUCUUGCAAGAAUCAAUACGUUGUACAUAAAAUCAAAUAAUUUAUUAAGCCAAAAUUUAAAAGACAAAGCAAUAAAAGAGUUAGCUAAAUCUAUAAAGUAUAAAAUAUUUGCAAUAACUGAGUUACUAAAACCAGCCUUUAGAAAAACAGAAUAUUACAAUCUAGUAGAACCAGAAGAUAAACAGGAAUAUUCAGAACAUUUUAAUAAUAUGCAAAAAAUAUUCUUCAGUUAUUUUGGAAAGACAAUUGAUUUAAAGAAUAAAAAUGAAACUGCAAUUGACCUGAUAAAAAAUAACGAACAUGAAAUAAUAUCGAUCUAUAAUAAACUCCGAUAUAAAAAUAAAAAAAUAAAAAAUAAACAUAGAUAUAUAAGGCUACUAAAAUAUAAUAUGAUAACAGUGAAACGAAUGUAUCGUAACAUAAUAAACCAAUUAAAAAAAAUAACCGAAGUCAAUAACAACCUAAACUUGAAAAAUAACCAACAAGAAAUAAAAAAAAGGCUAAUAAUUACAAUUGCACUUAUCAUGGAAGAUUUCAUAAGAUUUGAUUCAUAUAUAGAUGUACAAGAUCAAACAACUCCAUUAUAUGAUGGACAAAACAGAUACACGAUAUCAGGAAUAGAUUUAGAAAAGCAAAAUAUAUUCAUUGAUUAUACAAAUAUAUACAGAAAAAAAAAGAAAACAGAAUAUAAACAAAUACCGGAUAAAACUGAAAAAAUCAAAAUGACCAUACCAACAAGUAUAGAAAUAGAAAAUAUAAAACACGAGAACAUAGAAAUAAUUAUGCCGGGAGAACAAGAUAAGAAAGAUACAAUUACCAUAACCAAAAACAUCAAAUCACACGAAUCGUCUGAUGAAAGUAUUUCGACAGAUCGAGGAUACGAGAAGACUAUUAAAACUACAUCAAUAAAAUAUAAAAAAACAAAAUAUGAUACUGAUGAACAAACAUCAGAAGAAAACGACAAAUCUGGUGAGAUACCAAAAUCACCUACCAAAAUUGAAUCACAUGAAAAGGAAAUAAAUGGAAUAAACACUCAACAAAAAAUAACUAGAUCAACCAAUAAUAUUGAUUUAACAAAUAUAGAGAAUAAAAAUGAAAUAAAUUCAAAUUCAUUCAUGUCAACUAUAUCAUCCAUGGUAUCCGAAAAGGAUUCAGAUGUAUCUGAUACACCAGAUAAAAUACCUAAUAUAAUUGUUGAUCAGAAAAAUACAGUUAAAAGUACCGUAAUGGAAAUUUCAUCUAAUUCACCUGGUUCAUCCGCUGAGAGAACGUCAUCAGAAAAACGCUUUGAAAGCACUGUACAAUCAACUUCAAUAAAAUCAACAACAAUAACUGAUCAAGAUUUAGAUACUGUUAUUAAACCCGAUAUGAAUAAUAGAAUAAAUAUUUCUCCUCAAAAACCUACAAUACCUGAUGAUAUUGAUUUAUCGGAUCUUCAAGAUGAAAAAACAAUAAUUACAAGUUCAUUUAUGUCAACAGCAACAACUACAAUUAAUAAACAAGAUACAGAUGAAGAUAUUAAGCCCGACAUGAUGUCUCCCUCUAAUGUUAAUGCUAAAAACAUAAAAACUAAUGGAAUAAAUAUUUCUCCUAAAACACCUACAAUACCUGUUGAUAUUGAUUUAUCGAAUCUUCAAGAUGAUAAAACAAUAACUACGAGUUCAUUUAAGUCAACAGCAACAACCACAAUAAUCCAACAAGACGCAGAUGAAGAUAUAACACCCGACAUGAUGUCUCCCUCUAAUGUUAAUGCUAAAAACAUAAAAUCUAAUGGAAUAAAUAUUUCUCCUACAAAACCUACAAUACCUGUUGAUAUUGAUUUAUCGGAUCUUCAAGAUGAUAAGACAAUAACUACAAGUUCAUUUAAGUCAACAGCAACAACCACAAUAAUCCAACAAGACGCAGAUGAAGAUAUAACACCCGACAUGAUGUCUCCCUCUAAUGUUAAUGCUAAAAACAUAAAAUCUAAUGGAAUAAAUAUUUCUCCUACAAAACCUACAAUACCUGUUGAUAUUGAUUUAUCGGAUCUUCAAGAUGAUAAGACAAUAACUACAAGUUCAUUUAAGUCAACAGCAACAACCACAAUAAUCCAACAAGACGCAGAUGAAGAUAUAACACCCGACAUGAUGUCUCCCUCUAAUGUUAAUGCUAAAAACAUAAAAUCUAAUGGAAUAAAUAUUUCUCCUACAAAACCUACAAUACCUGUUGAUAUUGAUUUAUCGGAUCUUCAAGAUGAUAAGACAAUAACUACAAGUUCAUUUAAGUCAACAGCAACAACCACAAUAAUCCAACAAGACGCAGAUGAAGAUAUAACACCCGACAUGAUGUCUCCCUCUAAUGUUAAUGCUAGAAACAUAAAAUCCAAUGGAAUCAAUUUUUCUCCUAAUAAUCCUACAGUGACUGACGAAUUUGAUUUAUCGGAUCUUCAAGAUGAAAAAACAAUAACUACAAGUUCAUUUAUGUCAACAGCAACAACUACAAUUAACAAACAAGAUACAGAUGAAGAUAUUAAGCCCGACAUGAUGUCUCCCUCUAAUGUUAAUGCUAAAAAUAUAAAAUCUAAUGGAAUAAAUAUUUCUCCUAAAACACCUACAAUACCUGUUGAUAUUGAUUUAUCGAAUCUUCAAGAUGAUAAAACAAUAACUUCAAGUUCAUUUAAGUCAACAGCAACAACCACAAUAAUCCAACAAGACGCAGAUGAAGAUAUAACACCCGACAUGAUGUCUCCCUCUAAUGUUAAUGCAAGAAACAUAAAAUCCAAUGGAAUCAAUUUUUCUCCUAAUAAUCCUACAGUGACUGACGAAUUUGAUUUAUCGGAUCUUCAAGAUGAAAAAACAAUAACUACAAGUUCAUUUAUGUCAACAGCAACAACUACAAUUAACAAACAAGAUACAGAUGAAGAUAUAACACCCGACAUGAUGUCUCCCUCUAAUGUUAAUGCUAAAAACAUAAAAUCUAAUGGAAUAAAUAUUUCUCCUAAAACACCUACAAUACCUGUUGAUAUUGAUUUAUCGGAUCUUCAAGAUGAUAAGACAAUAACUACAAGUUCAUUUAAGUCAACAGCAACAACCACAAUAAUCCAACAAGACGCAGAUGAAGAUAUAACACCCGACAUGAUGUCUCCCUCUAAUGUUAAUGCUAAAAACAUAAAAUCUAAUGAAAUAAACAUUUCUCCUAAAAAACCUACAAUACCUGUUGAUAUUGAUUUAUCGGAUCUUCAAGAUGAUAAAACAAUAACUACAAGUUCAUUUAAGUCAACAGCAACAACCACAAUAAUCCAACAAGACGCAGAUGAAGAUAUAACACCCGACAUGAUGUCUCCCUCUAAUGUUAAUGCUAGAAACAUAAAAUCCAAUGGAAUCAAUUUUUCUCCUAAUAAUCCUACAGUGACUGACGAAUUUGAUUUAUCGGAUCUUCAAGAUGAAAAAACAAUAACUACAAGUUCAUUUAUGUCAACAGCAACAACUACAAUUAACAAACAAGAUACAGAUGAAGAUAUUAAGCCCGACAUGAUGUCUCCCUCUAAUGUUAAUGCUAAAAAUAUAAAAUCUAAUGGAAUAAAUAUUUCUCCUAAAACACCUACAAUACCUGUUGAUAUUGAUUUAUCGAAUCUUCAAGAUGAUAAAACAAUAACUACAAGUUCAUUUAAGUCAACAGCAACAACCACAAUAAUCCAACAAGACGCAGAUGAAGAUAUAACACCCGACAUGAUGUCUCCCUCUAAUGUUAAUGCUAGAAACAUAAAAUCCAAUGGAAUCAAUUUUUCUCCUAAUAAUCCUACAGUGACUGACGAAUUUGAUUUAUCGGAUCUUCAAGAUGAAAAAACAAUAACUACAAGUUCAUUUAUGUCAACAGCAACAACUACAAUUAACAAACAAGAUACAGAUGAAGAUAUUAAGCCCGACAUGAUGUCUCCCUCUAAUGUUAAUGCUAAAAAUAUAAAAUCUAAUGGAAUAAAUAUUUCUCCUAAAACACCUACAAUACCUGUUGAUAUUGAUUUAUCGAAUCUUCAAGAUGAUAAAACAAUAACUACAAGUUCAUUUAAGUCAACAGCAACAACCACAAUAAUCCAACAAGACGCAGAUGAAGAUAUAACACCCGACAUGAUGUCUCCCUCUAAUGUUAAUGCUAAAAACAUAAAAUCUAAUGGAAUAAAUAUUUCUCCUACAAAACCUACAAUACCUGUUGAUAUUGAUUUAUCGGAUCUUCAAGAUGAUAAGACAAUAACUACAAGUUCAUUUAAGUCAACAGCAACAACCACAAUAAUCCAACAAGACGCAGAUGAAGAUAUAACACCCGACAUGAUGUCUCCCUCUAAUGUUAAUGCUAAAAACAUAAAAUCUAAUGAAAUAAACAUUUCUCCUAAAAAACCUACAAUACCUGUUGAUAUUGAUUUAUCGGAUCUUCAAGAUGAUAAAACAAUAACUACAAGUUCAUUUAAGUCAACAGCAACAACCACAAUAAUCCAACAAGACGCAGAUGAAGAUAUAACACCCGACAUGAUGUCUCCCUCUAAUGUUAAUGCUAGAAACAUAAAAUCCAAUGGAAUCAAUUUUUCUCCUAAUAAUCCUACAGUGACUGACGAAUUUGAUUUAUCGGAUCUUCAAGAUGAAAAAACAAUAACUACAAGUUCAUUUAUGUCAACAGCAACAACUACAAUUAACAAACAAGAUACAGAUGAAGAUAUUAAGCCCGACAUGAUGUCUCCCUCUAAUGUUAAUGCUAAAAAUAUAAAAUCUAAUGGAAUAAAUAUUUCUCCUAAAACACCUACAAUACCUGUUGAUAUUGAUUUAUCGGAUCUUCAAGUUGAUAAGACAAUAACUACAAGUUCAUUUAAGUCAACAGCAACAACCACAAUAAUCCAACAAGACGCAGAUGAAGAUAUAACACCCGACAUGAUGUCUCCCUCUAAUGUUAAUGCUAGAAACAUAAAAUCCAAUGGAAUCAAUUUUUCUCCUAAUAAUCCUACAGUGACUGACGAAUUUGAUUUAUCGGAUCUUCAAGAUGAAAAAACAAUAACUACAAGUUCAUUUAUGUCAACAGCAACAACUACAAUUAACAAACAAGAUACAGAUGAAGAUAUUAAGCCCGACAUGAUGUCUCCCUCUAAUGUUAAUGCUAAAAAUAUAAAAUCUAAUGGAAUAAAUAUUUCUCCUAAAACACCUACAAUACCUGUUGAUAUUGAUUUAUCGAAUCUUCAAGAUGAUAAAACAAUAACUACAAGUUCAUUUAAGUCAACAGCAACAACCACAAUAAUCCAACAAGACGCAGAUGAAGAUAUAACACCCGACAUGAUGUCUCCCUCUAAUGUUAAUGCUAAAAACAUAAAAUCUAAUGGAAUAAAUAUUUCUCCUACAAAACCUACAAUACCUGUUGAUAUUGAUUUAUCGGAUCUUCAAGAUGAUAAGACAAUAACUACAAGUUCAUUUAAGUCAACAGCAACAACCACAAUAAUCCAACAAGACGCAGAUGAAGAUAUAACACCCGACAUGAUGUCUCCCUCUAAUGUUAAUGCUGAAAACAUAAAAUCUAAUGAAAUAAACAUUUCUCCUAAAAAACCUACAAUACCUGUUGAUAUUGAUUUAUCGGAUCUUCAAGAUGAUAAAACAAUAACUACAAGUUCAUUUAAGUCAACAGCAACAACCACAAUAAUCCAACAAGACGCAGAUGAAGAUAUAACACCCGACAUGAUGUCUCCCUCUAAUGUUAAUGCUAAAAACAUAAAAUCUAAUGGAAUAAAUAUUUCUCCUACAAAACCUACAAUACCUGUUGAUUUUGAUUUAUCGGAUCUUCAAGAUGAUAAAACAAUAACUACAAGUUCAUUUAAGUCAACAGCAACAACCACAAUAAUCCAACAAGACGCAGAUGAAGAUAUAACACCCGACAUGAUGUCUCCCUCUAAUGUUAAUGCUACAAACAUAAAAUCCAAUGGAAUCAAUUUUUCUCCUAAUAAUCCUACAGUGACUGACGAAUUUGAUUUAUCGGAUCUUCAAGAUGAAAAAACAAUAACUACAAGUUCAUUUAUGUCAACAGCAACAACUACAAUUAACAAACAAGAUACAGAUGAAGAUAUUAAGCCCGACAUGAUGUCUCCCUCUAAUGUUAAUGCUAAAAAUAUAAAAUCUAAUGGAAUAAAUAUUUCUCCUAAAACACCUACAAUACCUGUUGAUAUUGAUUUAUCGAAUCUUCAAGAUGAUAAAACAAUAACUACAAGUUCAUUUAAGUCAACAGCAACAACCACAAUAAUCCAACAAGACGCAGAUGAAGAUAUAACACCCGACUUGAUGUCUCCCUCUAAUGUUAAUGCUAAAAACAUAAAAUCUAAUGGAAUAAAUAUUUCUCCUACAAAACCUACAAUACCUGUUGAUAUUGAUUUAUCGGAUCUUCAAGAUGAUAAGACAAUAACUACAAGUUCAUUUAAGUCAACGGCAACAACCACAAUAAUCCAACAAGACGCAGAUGAAGAUAUAACACCCGACAUGAUGUCUCCCUCUAAUGUUAAUGCUAAAAACAUAAAAUCUAAUGAAAUAAAUAUUUCUCCUAAAAAACCUACAAUACCUGUUGAUAUUGAUUUAUCGGAUCUUCAAGAUGAUAAAACAAUAACUACAAGUUCAUUUAAGUCAACAGCAACAACCACAAUAAUCCAACAAGACGCAGAUGAAGAUAUAACACCCGACAUGAUGUCUCCCUCUAAUGUUAAUGCUAGAAACAUAAAAUCCAAUGGAAUCAAUUUUUCUCCUAAUAAUCCUACAGUGACUGACGAAUUUGAUUUAUCGGAUCUUCAAGAUGAAAAAACAAUAACUACAAGUUCAUUUAUGUCAACAGCAACAACUACAAUUAACAAACAAGAUACAGAUGAAGAUAUAACACCCGACUUGAUGUCUCCCUCUAAUGUUAAUGCUAAAAACAUAAAAUCUAAUGGAAUAAAUAUUUCUCCUACAAAACCUACAAUACCUGUUGAUAUUGAUUUAUCGGAUCUUCAAGAUGAUAAGACAAUAACUACAAGUUCAUUUAAGUCAACAGCAACAACCACAAUAAUCCAACAAGACGCAGAUGAAGAUAUAACACCCGACAUGAUGUCUCCCUCUAAUGUUAAUGCUAAAAACAUAAAAUCUAAUGAAAUAAACAUUUCUCCUAAAAAACCUACAAUACCUGUUGAUAUUGAUUUAUCGGAUCUUCAAGAUGAUAAAACAAUAACUACAAGUUCAUUUAAGUCAACAGCAACAACCACAAUAAUCCAACAAGACGCAGAUGAAGAUAUAACACCCGACAUGAUGUCUCCCUCUAAUGUUAAUGCUAGAAACAUAAAAUCCAAUGGAAUCAAUUUUUCUCCUAAUAAUCCUACAGUGACUGACGAAUUUGAUUUAUCGGAUCUUCAAGAUGAAAAAACAAUAACUACAAGUUCAUUUAUGUCAACAGCAACAACUACAAUUAACAAACAAGAUACAGAUGAAGAUAUUAAGCCCGACAUGAUGUCUCCCUCUAAUGUUAAUGCUAAAAACAUAAAAUCUAAUGGAAUAAAUAUUUCUCCUAAAAAACCUACAAUACCUGUUGAUAUUGAUUUAUCGGAUCUUCAAGAUGAUAAAACAAUAACUACAGGUACAUUUAAGUCAACAGCAACAACCACAAUAAUCCAACAAGACGCAGAUGAAGAUAUAACACCCGACUUGAUGUCUCCCUCUAAUGUUAAUGCUAAAAACAUAAAAUCUAAUGGAAUAAAUAUUUCUCCUACAAAACCUACAAUACCUGUUGAUAUUGAUUUAUCGGAUCUUCAAGAUGAUAAGACAAUAACUACAAGUUCAUUUAAGUCAACAGCAACAACCACAAUAAUCCAACAAGACGCAGAUGAAGAUAUAACACCCGACAUGAUGUCUCCCUCUAAUGUUAAUGCUAAAAACAUAAAAUCUAAUGAAAUAAAUAUUUCUCCUAAAAAACCUACAAUACCUGUUGAUAUUGAUUUAUCGGAUCUUCAAGAUGAUAAAACAAUAACUACAAGUUCAUUUAAGUCAACAGCAACAACCACAAUAAUCCAACAAGACGCAGAUGAAGAUAUAACACCCGACAUGAUGUCUCCCUCUAAUGUUAAUGCUAAAAACAUAAAAUCUAAUGAAAUAAAUAUUUCUCCUAAAAAACCUACAAUACCUGUUGAUAUUGAUUUAUCGGAUCUUCAAGAUGAUAAAACAAUAACUACAAGUUCAUUUAAGUCAACAGCAACAACCACAAUAAUCCAACAAGACGCAGAUGAAGAUAUAACACCCGACAUGAUGUCUCCCUCUAAUGUUAAUGCUAGAAACAUAAAAUCCAAUGGAAUCAAUUUUUCUCCUACAAAACCUACAAUACCUGUUGAUAUUGAUUUAUCGGAUCUUCAAGAUGAUAAGACAAUAACUACAAGUUCAUUUAAGUCAACAGCAACAACCACAAUAAUCCAACAAGACGCAGAUGAAGAUAUAACACCCGACAUGAUGUCUCCCUCUAAUGUUAAUGCUAGAAACAUAAAAUCCAAUGGAAUCAAUUUUUCUCCUAAUAAUCCUACAGUGACUGACGAAUUUGAUUUAUCGGAUCUUCAAGAUGAAAAAACAAUAACUACAAGUUCAUUUAUGUCAACAGCAACAACUACAAUUAACAAACAAGAUACAGAUGAAGAUAUUAAGCCCGACAUGAUGUCUCCCUCUAAUGUUAAUGCUAAAAACAUAAAAUCUAAUGGAAUAAAUAUUUCUCCUAAAAAACCUACAAUACCUGUUGAUAUUGAUUUAUCGGAUCUUCAAGAUGAUAAAACAAUAACUACAGGUACAUUUAAGUCAACAGCAACAACCACAAUAAUCCAACAAGACGCAGAUGAAGAUAUAACACCCGACAUGAUGUCUCCGUCUAAUGUUAAUGCUAGAAACAUAAAAUCCAAUGGAAUCAAUUUUUCUCCUAAUAAUCCUACAGUGACUGACGAAUUUGAUUUAUCGGAUCUUCAAGAUGAUAAAACAAUAACUACAAGUUCAUUUAUGUCAACAGCCACAACUACAAUUAACAAACAAGAUACAGAUGAAGAUAUUAAGCCCGACAUUAUGUCUCCCUCUAAUGUUAAUGCUAGAAACAUAAAAUCCGAUGGAAUCAAUUUUUCUCCUAAAAAACCUUCAAUACCUGUUGAUAUUGAUUUAUCGGAUCUUCAAGAUGAUAAAACAAUAACUACUAGUUCAUUUAAGUCAACAGCAACAACUACAAUUAACAAGGAAGAUACAGUUGAAGAUAUUACACUCGACAUGAUAUCUCCCUCUAAUGUUAAUGCUAAAAACAUAAAAUCCAAUGGAAUCAAUUUUUCUCCUAAAAAUCCUACAGUGACUGACGAAAUUGAUUUGCUGGAUCUUCAAGAUGAAAAUACAAUAACUACAAGCUCAUUUAUGUCAACAGCAACAACUACAAUUAACAAACAAGAUACAGAUGAAGAUAUUAAGCCCGACAUGAUGUCUCCCUCUAAUGUUAAUGCUAAAAACAUAAAAUCUAAUGGAAUAAAUAUUUCUCCUAAAAAACCUACAAUACCUGUUGAUAUUGAUUUAUCGGAUCUUCAAGAUGAUAAAACAAUAACUACAAGUUCAUUUAAGUCAACAGCAACAACCACAAUAAUCCAAAAAGACAAAGAUGAAGAUAUUACAGCCGACAUGAUGUCUCCCUCUAAUGUUAAUGCUAAAAACAUAAAAUCUAAUGGAAUAAAUAUUUCUCCUAAAAAACCUACAAUACCUGUUGAUAUUGAUUUAUCGGAUCUUCAAGAUGAUAAAACAAUAACUACAAGUUCAUUUAAGUCAACAGCAACAACCACAAUAAUCCAAAAAGACAAAGAUGAAGAUAUUACAGCCGACAUGAUGUCUCCCUCUAAUGUUAAGGCUAAAAACAUAAAAUCUAAUGGAAUAAAUAUUUCUCCUAAUAAACCUUCAAUACCUGUUGAUAUUGAUUUAUCGGAUCUUCAAGAUGAAAAUACAAUAACUACAAGUUCAUUUAAGUCAACAGCAACAACUACAAUUAACAAGGAAGAUACAGUUGAAGAUAUUACACUCGACAUGAUAUCUCCCUCUAAUGUUAAUGCUAAAAACAUAAAAUCCAAUGGAAUCAAUUUUUCUCCUAAAAAUCCUACAGUGACUGACGAAAUUGAUUUGCUGGAUCUUCAAGAUGAAAAUACAAUAACUACAAGUUCAUUUAUGUCAACAGCAACAACUACAAUUAACAAGGAAGAUACAGUUGAAGAUAUUACACUCGACAUGAUAUCUCCCUCUAAUGUUAAUGCUAAAAACAUAAAAUCCAAUGGAAUCAAUUUUUCUCCUAAAAAUCCUACAGUGACUGACGAAAUUGAUUUAUUGGAUCUUCAAGAUGAAAAUUCAAUAUUAUCAAGUUCAGUUGGUUCAUCUAUUUCAUCUAUGGUAUCCGAAAAGUUUUCUGAUGUUUCUAAUACUCCAGAUCAAAUAUCUUAUAAUAAUGUUGAUCAGAAAAGUACGGUUAUAAGUACCGUAAUGGAAACUUCUUCCAAUUCACCUGGUUCAUCCAUCGAGAGUAUUUUAUCAGAUUAACUCUAUGAAAGUAGUAUAGAAUUAAUUCAUUUUUUUCAACAACCAUAUUCAAUGAUUUCGUGUUAGUGUCUGAUGUUUUACCUGCUAUUAUUUCUCGAUCUUAUGUUGGUUCCACAUAAAUAAUAUGUAACGGAAUAUAAAUUUCAUUAAAUAAUUCUAGUGCAUUUGGUUAUAUAAUAAUAA